CAGUGUAAGCAAAAUGGGAGAAAAAGUACAACAGAAUUUGCAGGAAGUAGAUUUAUACAGGGAAACUCCUGUUAGAUAUUUAGGUUAUGCUAAUGAAAUCGGAGAAGCAUUUAGGUCAAUAAUCGGCAGGAGGUGGGUUAAUUUUACAUAUGGUAUUGCAACAUUAUAUGUCCUAGCGGACACUAGUGAUAAAGCUUUUAAAACUUACAAGGAUAAAAUCAACGAACAAAAUCAUUUGAGAAAAGUGGUUUAUACCACAACGGAUACGUUAGUGUGGCAAUUGCUAGCUUCAGUAGCCAUACCGGGAUUUACCAUUAACAGGGUGUGCGCCUUCUCUAAUUAUUUGCUCAAAAAAAGCGAAAAACUGCCGAAGAAUAACAGAAAAUGGAUCGUCACCGGCAUAGGUUUAUUUACCAUUCCGUUUAUUAUCAAGCCUAUAGAUAAAUUCGUAGAUCUAGCGAUGGAUGAGAGUUUUAGAAAAAUUCAACCCUAGUUCUAGCGCCUAUACUAAAAUAGUACAGCUGUGAUAGACGUUAGAAAUGUAGAA